AUGAUUUUAGAUUUAAUAGCAAUAGUUUUAAUAAUCAAGAGAACGCUAGCUUUAACAGCAUUGUAUACAGAUGCUGAUACAAGAUCCAUAUGUUCUAUUAAUUUGAGCGAUCCUUCUAUUAGAGAAGCCAUGGUUUAUAAAGAUUUAAAUGGUGCUAUACGUAUAGCUGAAAGAGAUGUUCCAAGUGGUGAAUGGGGACAAUUUGAAGUACUUACUGGUAACCCUGUACACAAAAAAUUAAGACUGGUUAAAACCAAUGAAGAUAAUUAUCGUAUAGAACCACAUGUUAACAUGGCUAAUCCUCAGAUGAAUUCCAAUACA